UCGAGUGUGUGGUCUUGUAUCUUUUACAAAACCGGUGUUCGAAAGGCAAAUUCUCAAAAUUAUUGCUUAACUUACGAAACAUGAGCAAACGAUAACGUUCCUCAUUUGUUCCUGAAUUGCUGUAUAGAAUAUUCUAGUCAUGGAGAUUGGAUUUCCACCCAGAUUUGACCUACAAGAGCAGAUUGGGAAAGGCACAUUCAGUGUGAUAAGAAGAUGUGUGGACAAGAAAACAAACAAGGUUUGUGCUGUAAAGAUAGUGGAUGUGAGCAAGAUGACUUCUUCAUGUGGUUUAACUGAGUCAGAUCUUCAUCGAGAAGCAAGCAUUUGUCAGAAGCUCAAACACCCCCAUAUAGUUGAGCUAGUUGGUGGAUAUUCUAUGGAUGGAUUUGUAUAUAUGGUUUUUGAAUAUAUGGAUGGAUCUGAUCUGUGCUUUGAGAUAGUAAAUAGAGUAAAUGCUGGAUUUGUCUUCAGUGAAGCUGUUGCAAGUCAUUAUAUGAGACAAGUUCUUGAAGCAAUAAACUUUUGUCAUGAAAGACAAAUUAUCCACAGAGAUUUGAAGCCACAUAACCUAUUAUUAGCUAGUAAAGAUAACUCAGCCCCUUUGAAAGUAGCUGAUUUUGGUGUUGCAGUAGAGCUACCACCAGAAGGCUACAUCAUCAGUGGUCGUCUUGGAACUCCWCAUUUCAUGUCCCCUGAAGUCAUAAACAGAGAGCAGUAUGGCAAACCAGUUGAYAUAUGGGGAUGUGGUGUUAUCUUGUUUAUAUUACUUGGAGGAAACUUCCCAUUCCAUGGCACGGGAGAAAAAGUAUAUGAAUCUAUUAAAAGAGGCCAACCAUUGAUGCGAAAUAAGCAAUGGGACCAAAUCAGUGAUGAAGCUAGAGAUUUGUGUUUCCAGAUGAUGGUUCAUGAGCCUGAGAGUAGGCUCACUGCUGAAGAAGCUCUUUCUCAUCCUUGGCUUAAGAGUCGAGAAGUGCCGAGACGUGACCACCUACAAGACACUGUCGAUGAGAUGAAAAAAUUCAAUGCACGACGAAAGCUGAAGGGCGCUGUUCUUGCUGCAGUUGCCAGCCGAAAGUUCCCAGUUUUAAAUGGAGACAUAGGUGGUGUUCAGAGUGACGAUGAUGUAUUUGAAUGUGAAGAAGACGACUUAACUGCUACAGGAGCGGUUAGUCAGCUGUUAGACUCUUUGGAGGAAAUUAAAGUACUGACAGGCGCCAAAGCGAGUGARACGACGUUUCUUCAGAGCUUUUUUGAAGAUCCGAGACUGCAAGCUUUAUUAGAGGUGUACGAUCGUAGCCAAGAAUGGACAGAAACACAUGAGUCAUGCCCGCCUAGUACAACUCCAACAGGAGAGCAGAAUGCAAAAGAAGUCAUCGAUUUGAUUGAGUUUCGAGCGGAAGAAGACGACGACUGCUACGAAUUGCAAAGCGUUCUGUCUGAUCCAUACGUUAUGUCGAUGCUUGAAGCACACGAUGGCGUUCUACAGAAGUCAACAGGCCAAGAAACGGCUGUCGUACAAACGGACGGACCGCCCGAUGCUUACGACCCUACUAUAACCGUCGAACGGCCCGAGAAAUUAACCCGUGUACGACUGGUGCAAUUCCAUAAGAAUCCGAACGAACCAAUGGGAAUUACUCUGAAACUAAACGAAGAAAAUCGAUGUAUCGUUGCUCGUAUUAUGCAUGGCGGUAUGAUACACAGACAAGGCACUCUUCAUCCUGGAGAUGAGAUAAGAGAGAUAAAUGGUACUAAUGUAGCAGCCAAGUCGAUAGACACUCUACAAUCAAUGUUGAAAGAUGCAAGUGGUAAUGUAACUUUUAAAAUCGUACCGAGUUCACGAGGACCAAGUACAAACUCAGAUGUUUAUGUUCGAGCGUUAUUUGACUACGACCCAAGAAGCGACGACYUGAUACCGUGUCAGUUAGCGGGAAUGGCGUUCCGUUGUUCGGACAUAAUGAAAGUCGUCAGCAAGACUGACAGCUAUUGGUGGCAAGCAAAGAAAGAAACAGGAGAAGGAGCAGAAUUUGCMGGCUUGAUUCCAUCACCAGAACUACAGGAAUGGAGAGUUGCUAAUAUUGCUGUAGAAAAAGCCAAGAAAACUAACGGUGCUUCGUGUGUGUGGUUCAGUAGAAAGAAAAAAACUUACCGAGACAGAUACGUUGCGAAACAUAACGCCGUAUUUGACAGAUUAGACUUGGUCACCUAUGAAGAAGUGGUUAAAGUGAAUUCGUUUAAAAGAAAAACUCUCGUCCUACUUGGUGCUCACGGUGUUGGUAGAAGACACAUUAAAAAUACAUUGAUAAAUAAAUUUCCCGACAGAUUUGCGUAUCCGAUACCACAUACAACAAGAGAACCGAGGAUGGGCGAAGAAGACGGCAAAAAUUAUUUCUUCGUGUCAGCCGAAGACAUGGUGUCUGCCAUUGAAUGCAAUAAAUACCUGGAAUAUGGUACUCAUGAUGGUGCUAUGUAUGGUACGAAAUUAGAUACUAUYACAGCUAUCAUUCAGCGUGGUCUUACCGCCAUAUUGGACGUCGAACCGCAGGCACUUAAAGUUCUUCGCUCUGCUAAAUUUUCUCCGUAUGUUGUAUUCAUUUCCGCCCCAAACAUUUCUGCUAGUGAAAAGAUGGAUGGCGACGCGAACAAAUCAGAAGCCGACGAAAGUUUAAAGCGAUUGGGCAAAGAAUCCGAGGCUUUGCGGCAGUCUUAUGGUCAUUUGUUUGAUCUUACAAUCAUCAAUAAUGACAUCGAUGAAACAAUUCAUCUUUUAGAAGAAGCUCUUGAUAGGUUGUCAGACAGUUCCCAAUGGGUACCGGUCAACUGGAUUUACUAACAAACCGCGCGCCUUMCUAUUAACAGAACCCUCAUGAGCGUGAAACAUAAGAAUGUGCGUGAAAUGAAUCUGCGCGCUUUCAGUCUAGUUAGGGACAUUUUAUAUGAUGGAAAAUUCAGCUCACAAAUGAAUUGUGCUUGAACGAGAAAGUGGGYUAGCCUGCUUUAUUAAACAUGCAAACACAGUUUUGAGAUCUCGACAAAAGAAAGAUUCCGGGCUGAUUUACUAUCAURCAAGUCAUAAUAUAUAGCUGCGUAAAUACUGCGCGCUUUCAACCCAAAAGUCGAAACUUCUCUUGGGCGUACAUAAUCUCCGAGUUUUAGAUCGUAAUGCAUUGAAGAUUCGGCUGACUCUUCGUUUGUUGCGAAGAAURUCUAAAUUAUUAAGUUAACUUCCACUCUGGUUGCACACAUCGUGCAAGACAUUUUGCAGUUUGGGAAUGGUUUUCUUGCGCAUACAUUGUAAAAGAAUGUUAAUCGAAUUGAAAUYGGGAGAAAAUCGAGAAAUAAUAGGGAUACCCGAUUAUACCCGAUGCGAACCGAAGACAAUUCUUGAACUGUAAACUAUACAUUCAGAACAACUCAGCUUGGGCGUGGCUUUUUUUCAAAUCAAUGUUUCUUAGUGUGUAACGUAAAAUUAUAUUUAAAGUGAGAUUCUUGGACGUGUGGUGCAAUGAAGCAGUACGCCCAAGCCGACRAGUCUAGUUCUGUUCUUUUUUUACGAAAAAUUUUAAUGAAAAUAGAUACUAAACACAAACUCAUUUAGAUAAAAUGGAAAACUUUCGAAUACGUUUUGGACAGACUACUUUUCAACUUGUGAAAACUUGACAUAACUUUUUGUCAGUUAUAUUUCAUCACUUUAAACCCGCGCAGUUUGCGUUGGCUUGGGAGAGUCGACUUUGAUAGUAGAAUUAUUCCUAGGACUGCAAAUUUGCAUGAAAUGCACACAAUGAAACAGCAAAGACGAAUUUGUUGUUCUUUAUACCAAUAGAUUUUUAUUAAAGAACUUAACCCUUUAUGGA